UUUCAACUUUAACCUACUUUUACCAAACUGUUUCAGUGAACUCAAAUGUUGUUAGAGUGAUAGCUUGGGAUGGCUGAAUGAUAAUGAUCUGAUGCCAUCAUGGAAUAUCUGCAUUUGUAGGACUCAACAAGCAGACCCCAUAUGAGAUGCUAAGAGAAGCCUUCUCUAAAUUUGCUAGGGUGGUAACUGACCGAGCAUCUGGAUAUUUGAAGGGCUUUGGGUUUGUCACAUGCCCUACGAUUAAAGAGAUGGAGCAGGGCAUAAAGGGAAUGGAUGGUCAGCUGGGGCAUGGUGAUUAUUCUAUUGCAAAUAUAAAGGUUUUGCGAAUGGUGAAUACGUUGGUUAUUGAUAAUGAGGCAAAACAUACUAUAGAGGCAUUACAAGUUGAACUGCAAAAAAUGAAGGCCAAGCUACAAGCUGUUGAAGAUUUGAAAGGACAAUCAGGUACUAACAUAGGUUCUUGUUGCAUUUUUGGGGAAUGGAGCUUGUGUUAUAUAGUUCAUUUGAGUAGUUUUUCCUCAUAUAAUGAAUGGCAUUUAUGACACUCUUCUUCAAAUAGAGAAUACGGAUUAUGCAUUUUAGGUAUUUUGAUGUAACAUUUCAUUUGUCAUUUAGUUCUCUGCAAUUUCCUUGUAUUGUUAGGUUUCUUUUUAUUUGCAUUUUUUUUUUUUUUGUUAUGGGUAAAUGCCAUUUUGUGCUGAAAGUGUUUAUA